ACAAUGCUCGUGAGGCUCCAGAUGCCAGAUGCCUUCACUGGAGAUGCACGCAUGCGGGCAGUGUGGAUGGCCUCACCUCUCUCCAGUCACACAGAUGUGAACCGAUCGUUCUGCCAUCGGGGCGGUAAACGGGAUAUUAUGGGCUUGUAUCGAAUCCCCCCCCACGUGCAGAGCGUAUUUGCCAGGCUGGAGGCUGCGCGCCCGUGAUGGAGGAGCGCCGUGCUGGUGCAUCGCUGGAUGUGUGCGAGAGGAGGUCAGAGUCUGGAUGAGGUGAUGUCCGCGCGGAGACAACAAGGACGGACUUUACGCUUCCUCUCGGGGGGACGAGGUCGCCCGGGGAUGUCCCCUGACAACACAGAGUUCCUCCCGGUGUGUUGGAUUGCAGAGGCAAUCUGCACGAUCCUAUAGCCGAGCGUUGUUUUUGACUCUCUCCGAGCUGCGCGGCUGUUUUCCCUCCCACCUCCUGCCCGGAGAUAAAGUUUAUCCUCCGCUCGACGGCUGGCUGAUUUGUUCCGCCACGGACUCGGUUGGACCCGGUCGAGGUGACCUCGAGGCUGCUGGUGAAAGGGGCAGCAGGCGGAUUGAAUUCCAUCGCAGCCGCGACGCAGACGUUUUUCUGGACGGUCACGUCUGUCGUCGUCGCCGUCGCUGUCCAUGGUGCUGAACUCGAGCUCCAGGAAUGGUGGAGACGCUGAGCAUCGCGGUCAUUGGUGCUCCCGGGGUGGGCAAAACUUCUAUAAUCCGCCAGUUCAUCUAUAACGACUUCUCGGAGGUGCACACGCCGACCAGGACCAGAUCUGUGUACAGACCCUCCGUCAUACUGAACGGGAACAUGUAUGAGCUGAAGGUCCUGGACGUCCCGCCACUCUCCGCUUUUCCGUCCAGCUCCAGCCAGGAGUGGCUGGAUCUGCGCUGCAGAGGUGUUCGCAAUGCCAACGCCUACAUCCUGGUGUAUGACAUCUGUUGCGUGGAGAGCUUUGAAUACGUGAAAAUGAUCAGACAGCAGAUAGUCGAGCACAGGGAAGGCAGCAGCAGCGAGGUGCCGAUCCUUGUGGUGGGCAACAAGAGAGAUCUGCAGCGACAGCGCUUCAUGCCUCGCAGGGCAGUUUCAGUCCUGGUGAAGAAGACCUGGAAGUGUGGCUAUGUGGAGUGCUCUGCCAAGUUUAACUGGCAUGUCGUCCUGCUCUUCAAAGAGCUGCUGGGCAUCGCCGUGGCCCGGGGCAUGCGCCAGAACCACACCUCCAUCCGUCUGCAGGGGGCACUACAGAGGAAUCGCUGCACCAUCAUGUGACCAUGACAGCUGCCUCCACCCCUCUCACCUCAGGAGUGGAGAAAAGGACUUUGUAUCAAAAUGGCUGGAAAAAUACCCCGUGGCCUCCUGCUUUACUGAGCUGAUUUUUUCAUAAUGAGGUUUAUUAGACUCUUGCGCUUUAACAGACACUAAAAUAUCACACAUGGUCAUCCAACCACUUCCCUGUCAAAUUCUGCCAAAUGUGUAAAUGCAAGGAAAGAGGUAUGAGAGGAAACGGGAGGAAACCAACACGAUUGGCAUAGCAGUUAUUUUUCUCACUUUAACGAGCCAGUUAGGCAUUCGAGGCUGAGCUUCCUAAAAAUGACACGGCGGCAGGUCUUAUUGAGGAUUGUCUUGGGACUGUAGCCGAGCCUGGAAGGAUGCGAGCUGUUUUCUGAAUCUCAAAAUGGAGAGGCAGCAAUAUCAUCAAGUCUUCCUUUUAAUUUGUCAUAUUUAACAGUAAAUGCUCAUACCUGAAAUAGUUGGAUUCACGGUUGAUCAUAUAGAAUACAUGAAGAGAAAAUAAAUAUUUAUUUCUGGGGAGAUUAUCUGGAAAUGUGUAGAUAUGAUAAGAUGGUGUUCAAAUUUAGAAUGUGAGAAGCCCAUGUUUUUUUUUUCUCUCCCUGUCCCCAUUACAAACCUGGCCUAGGGUGAAAAACGGUUUGUUCAGGCGAAGGGUGUUUUAAGGUUGUCUUGCAGCAGAAACUACUGCAGUCCCUUAUCAUGAUGUACUGUACUGACUUUAAUCUGCCCCCUCCCCUCACUCAGUCUGUUUUGGAUGAAUACAUUAAAUCCAGAGAACUAGGGACCUGCAGGAGGCUGCAGAGCCUGACACGAGAACCUGCACACGCAAUGUGUGUGUGUGUGUGUGUGUGUGUGUGUGUGAGAGUGUGUGAGAGAGUGAGAGAGAGAGAGAGAGAGAGAGAGAGAGAGGGUGACAGGGGGGACAGGGGGGCAGGUUUAAAAGCUGACAUUCAGGCAAGCAAAGGAUGGACACAGCAAGACCAGAGACGGGUGUUGAAGCUUUGGAUUAGGACGGAGCAAUAAAAUCCUGCUGGGAUUUCCUGAUUAUAUGUACCAUCAUAUUAUAUCAAAAAUGCCUCAAACACAGUAGAUGUGAUCCACGUGUCCUCAGAUAUCCCGCAGGCGUGAGGAAGCAGAGGUCAGUGACUUCCUGCAUCACAGCCACACAGGGAACCUUGAUAAAGCUUUCAUAUCAGCAUCUAAAUAGUAUGUAAUUGGUAAUGUCGUGAGAUUAACAGUUGCUUCUUCAUUUGAAUAGGCCUAUAGCUAUAGGUACUUUGUGAAUAUGGCUGCACUGAAAGUAAGCAGACCUGUUUGUACAUAGGACGAUGAUUUAUAGAGUAAGUGACUUGCAUGCUUUUGUUGGUAGAGCCAACGGGUCAGGGUUUAAUUGCACUGAUGUGAAAAUGUGAUAUUGUGUUUAUUUUAUUUUUUUGUAAUACCACGGUUCUCUGAUGCUUUAAUGAGCAACUGAGUGGAGCGAGUGUGGUCGUUGUUCACUGGCAUGUGAGAGCACAAGCUCAUGAUUCUCUCCAAGAUGCAGUGUUGAACCCUUCAAUCAGGGCAGGCGGAUUUGUUAACUUUUUGUUUAUCUAGUUAAAAAAAAGAAGAAAUAUGUAGCAGAGAUACACAAGAAAGCAACUGUUUGUAGCAUGAGUUGUCAUCGGUUCGUCUGUGUGUGCAUUUCCAAAUAAAAAGGGCUACAGUUUUUUUUUUAUCAGAGAU